AUGUCUUCUCAACUCGCCCCCUACAAGCAAGAAUUCUUGCAGGCUGCCAUCGCUGGCGAGAUCCUCAAGUUUGGCAGCUUCGAGCUCAAGUCAAAGCGCAUCUCACCCUACUUCUUCAACGCCGGCCUCUUCCACACUGCCCGUCUCGCCGGUGCCAUUGCUACUGCUUUCGCCAAGUCCAUCUCUGAGGCUCAGCAAGAGACCGGCCUUGACUUCGACAUCAUCUUUGGUCCCGCUUACAAGGGCAUUCCUCUUGCUUCCUCCAUCGCUGUCAAGCUCGGCGAGAUCGCCCCUGAGAACCUCGACCGUGUUUCUUACUCUUUCGAUCGCAAGGAAGCCAAGGAUCACGGUGAGGGUGGCAACAUUGUCGGUGCGCCUCUGAAGGGAAAGAAGAUCCUCAUUGUUGACGAUGUCAUCACUGCUGGAACUGCCAAGCGUGAGGCCAUCGACAAGAUCCGAAAGGAGGGCGGUAUCGUUGUCGGUAUUGUCGUUGCCCUCGACCGCAUGGAGAAGCUCCCUGCUACCGAUGGCGAUGAGUCCAAGCCUGGUCCCAGUGCCAUUGGCGAGUUGCGAAAGGAGUAUGGCAUUCCAAUCUUCGCUAUCCUGACCCUCGAUGAUAUCAUUGCUGGUAUGAAGAGCUUUGCUUCAGAGGAUGACAUCAAGCGAACUGAGGAGUACCGUCUCAAGUACAAGGCCAGUGACUGA